AAUAAACCCUAAUUUCAUUUGUUAACUUUAUUCUCUCUCUUAAGCAAUGAAUCUGAGCUCUCUUCAUCUAAGAAACCCUCGCCGCCGAAUCACUAUUCACGCCUCCUUAAUCCAUUACCGAACAACCUUUGACCGAGCCAAUCUCACAAUCUUCAUCUAUUCCUUCUCCUAUAUCAUUCUAUCAAAUUUAUUUUCAGAUCAGAUAGACUUUUAAACAUCUCAAAUAGACAACAUUUUGAAAAAUCGUCACCAUAAUUCCAAAUACCAUUCCCAUUAAUUACCGCGCCGGAAAAUUUAGCCACCAUUAUGUUCUGGGUUGGAGUCUUCUUCCAGGUUUGUCAAAGUUAGAGUAAGCCUCAAGGCCUAGUGAAUGCAAGUAGUGGUCUCAUCCAUCGAAGAGAUCAUCACACUAUCAUCAGGAGUUAAACAUAUAGCCUUGCAGAACAUGCUUCGAAUGGGGUCACUAAGGGUCUGUUUGGCAAGGCCAAUAAGCUAGCUUGCAGCUACAGCCUAUAAGCUAUCAGCUAGCUUUUCAGGUAUCCGCUUUUUUUACCAAACAGAGCCUAGGUGGGGGGAUCAAGCUUGUAGCUAACCAAUAAUUGGAGAAUGAGAACGUCAUGUGAUGCAGUCUGCUUAUAUCAAAACUUUUGCAGUGCAAAUGGAACCUUCCUGUCGUUGAAGAGAGUUAGGCAAGAUAAACUUUAUCGUUCAAAUCCUCAAAGAUAAAACAAAUGCCAGGUUCAAGGUUUCUCUUCAGUAAUGGCAUCCUUUCACAAACAUUAGAUGUUCCUCCCGUCAAACUCUUUCUUGAAGCUAAUCCAGGUGCUUACACGACAUCACGUACUCACAAUAAUGCUUCAUGCUUGUUAUUUUGGGAAAGACACAUGAAAAGACUUUCAGAAUCUAUACGAAUUCUGUCAAAUUUGGCGCCACAACUUUUGUUUAAAUCUAACAAUGCGGCAAGUUUGCUGCCAUUGGCACCAAAUUUUCAAGUUUCACCGCCUGCAUUGCAGAUGCUUGUUAAUGAUUCAGUGGGGAAGGUCUUACCCAUUGCAUUGAAAGAGAGGGUCAAUUCCAAGGAGCUGGCCAUUACAACCCUUGUUGGUGGUAAUCUGGAGGAACUGAAUAUAUAUUAUAAGACUAUGAGUGAUGAAAAUAUGAGCAAAUCUUUUGAUGUGCAUGUGCAUAUUGAGACUUAUGUUUCUCCUCGGUUUGGUAUUCGAGGAAAUGGUGCACAUUUGGCUGUUGCGGGCUAUGGAAGGAAUGUUGCAGCUGCAAAAUAUUCAGAUUGGGUAAGGAUUAGGAAGACUCUGGAAAAGCUUAGACCUCCAUCAGUGACAGAACUGUUGCUGUCUUAUAAUGGUGAUCAAAUACUUGAAGGUUGUGUGACAAACUUUUUCGUUGUUUGUCGCAAGGAUCGGGGUUCAGAUGAUGAGAAGGCUCCAUAUGAUCAUGGAAAUAAAAACUCUUUUGAAGUGCAGACAGCUCCUAUAAGUGAUGGUGUUCUUCCAGGGAUAAUACGUCAACUAGUGCUUGAGGUAUGCAGGAAUGAAGGAAUCCCAUUUCGAGAAGUUUCUCCAUCAUGGUCGGAACAUGAAACUUGGGAGGAAGCAUUCAUCACAAAUAGCUUGAGGCUUUUGCAACAUGUUGAUAGUAUUCAGGUUCCAACAGAAUGGCAUUCAGCCCAUUUUAAAACGUGGAAGGAUAUAUCAUGGACAAAAAAGCAAUUUCAGGGUGGACCUGGGUUCAUCACAACAUUAAUCCAGGAAAAAGUUAUGGAGAAAGCGAUUUUGGAAGGGUGCCCAAUAAAUAACAUAUGUACAAGAUGAAGAUCCUACUUCUUUGCUAGGAUGUAGUUGAGCUUUGCUGGGAUGUAGGAUGUAGUUGAGCUUAUUUCCUCCCUUCUUAUGUUGGUUAUCCUGAUUACUGUCAACGGAAUAGUUUCUCGAUGAGUAAAUGAUGAAAAUGUAAUGAUUGUAAAAACUCUUGGAAGAUGUCACUUUACUGAUAUGAAAUCUGAACAACAUUAUUAACAAGUCUGUUGUUUUAUGAGCAUUAUUGUAUAUUAAUAUUCGCAUAUACUAGGCACUUGGUCCUUUGUCUCAAAAUUGUGAGACGAGUAUUUUAUAUUAUAAAAUGAAAGUAGCCAGCUGGACAACUGUAGGAUAGAGCAGUUGAUUAUAUAUAUAUGGGAUAAGAUCAAAUGACACCAAGGUGUCAAAUUAAAUUUGACAUUUGACACCAAAUCCUAGCCAUUAAUACCUUUUUAAUCUAACAGCUCGCAUCAAUUCAUUAAGUGCUCACAUGCUUGAUCAAGUGACCCAUAUUUUAUUUUUAGAAAAAAACCAAAAGAAGAAUAAAUUAUUUCUAAAAAUAAAAGAUGGGUCACUUGAUCAAGCAUGUGAGCACUUAAUGAAUUGAUGGGAGCCGUUAGAUUAAAAUCGUAUUAAUGAUUAGAAUUUGGUGUUAAAUUUCAUUUGAUCCUAUCCUAUAUAUAUAAUCAACUGCUCUCUAGUCUACAGUUGUCCAGCUUUUACUUUCAUUUUAUAAUAUAAAAAACCCGGCUCACAAUUGAGACAAAGGAUCGGAUGCCUGAUAUAUGCGAUUAAUAUACAAUAAUGCUCAUAAAACAACAGACUUGUUCAUAAAGUUGUUCAGAUUUCAUAUCAGUAAAGUGGAUAUCUUCCUAGAGUUUUUACAAUCAUUACAUUUUCAUCAUUUACUCAUCGAGAAACUAUGUCGUUGUCAUUAAUCAGUAUAACCAACAUACGAGGGGAGGAAAUAAGCUCAACUACAUCCCAUCAAAGAAGUAGGAUCUUCAUCUUGUACAUAUUUUAUUUAUUGGGCACCCUUCCAAAAUCGUUUUCUCCAUAACCUUUUCCUGAUUAAAACAAAUAGCAAAUUUGGUAGUAUAAUUGCAAUGAUAUGACUUAUUGCAUGUUUGUUUGGCGGUGGAUGUGUACUGAACGUGCGUUUCGACAGAUGCUAUAUUUUCACGUUUCAAGGCUCUUAAACGCACGUGAACGUGCGUUUCGACAGGAAAAACUUGAUUGAGUCAAAGCUUUGAAGAUUUUUUUUUAUCUCCAUGAGUGUGAUUAGUUUAUUCAAAAUAAAGUUUAAAGACCACAAACUUUGUAAAUGGAUACAUAUAUAGUGGAAGAUGAGUGUUUAAUUUUUCUUUCCCUGCCCCAAUCUCAAUUCAAAAUGUGAAAGUAAUGCAUAAAUUUCCCUGGAUUAAUGUUGUGAUAAUCCGAAUUCAAAUUGAGAAAAUCAUAACAUAAAAUUAAUAUAAAUGCAGGGACAAGAAAAAUUUACCACCUGAAAUUGCUUUUUUGUCCAUGAUAUAUCCUUUCACGUUUUAGAAUGGGCUGAUUGCCCUUCUGUUGGAACCUGAAUCCUAUCAACAUGUUGCAAAAGCCUCAAGCUACCUGGAAUGACAUUAGAUGCCAAGUGAGUUUUAGAUAAGAUCAAAAAAGGAGAGACUGAAAUCUUGCAAGUUUGUUUAGAAUAAAUAAUUAAAAGAAAUAGUUUAAGAUUGCUAAAAAGCUUGAUAUUUGAACUCACAAUACAGUGUCAUUGUAAAUUAAAUUGCCAAACUCGUAGAUAAGCCAGUAAAUGCUAAGCAACUAGCAUCUACAAGUCACUACUAAAUAGUAUUCUUGUGAGGAAAAGUAAUUACAACUUAUUAAGGUAGAAUUGUUACUUUUCUAGACCACAGCCCCUGGUGGUGACUGAAUCAAAGUAUAAAUGCAUCAAAACUCUCAGCCAUUGAUUUA